AUGGGCUACUAUCAAAACUGUAGAGGUCUAAGAACCAAACUUUGUCUUUUUAAAUGUUAUGUUGCUGUGUUUAAUUAUAUUUUCAUUUGUUUAACUGAAACGUGGCUUACUAAUAGCUUCCAAGACACGGAAUUAGGUUUACACAACUAUGUUGUAUUUAGGUGUGAUAGAAGUAGUCAAUCCAGUAGUUUUAGUACAGGAGGAGGAGUUCUCGUUGCCAUUCGUAACGAUGUGGUCCAUAACUUGUUACCUGCACUCAUUAACAAUGUUGAAUAUUUAUUCGUUAAAUUUUAUGUAAAUAAUACUGCUUAUAUUGUUUGCUCCGUAUACAUUCCUCCUAGUAGCCCUUUCCCGGUAUAUGAGUCCUUUAUGUCUGCUGCUCAAUAUAUUAUCGACGCUAAUCCUGGUUCCGUAUUUAUUUUCUCUAGUGAUUUUAACCUUCCUGACCUAUCCUGGUCUAAUGACGAUUUUGGCUUAACUUAUUCUUCCUCUGGCCCUGCUAUCUACUGUGUUCCUGACGUUUUCGCAUAUAAUAAUUUUUUCCAACUAAAUCACAUAUCCAACUCCCAUGGCAAUUUCCUUGAUCUAGUUUUUUCCAAUGAUUCUCGGAUCAAUAUAGAGAAAUCCGUUACUAGGGUGGUCCCUUGUGAUCCUUACCAACCAGCCUUAGUUUUUAUGCUUACUUUUGUUGAUGACUUACCUUCUAUUGAUAGUUGUCAUAAAUAUUAUAAUUUUCGUAAAGCCUGUUUCUCGUAUUUUUCGUAUUAG